UUUGCUUCAAUUGAACAAAUAGCAAACUCUGAUAUAGUUCCUUUCAAGCAACACAAAAUUUUUUGCCAAUUUAAUAUGCAAAAAACCAUUGAACUACUUCCACUCUCGCAAUUUUGCGAACAAAGAACAAACGUAGGAGGAAAAAAAUGGUAUUCCAGAAAGAGCACCUUGAUCUAUACUUGGUGCCUAGUGGAUUGCUCAUCAUGUUUGCUUAUCAUCUCUUUCUUCUCCAGAGAUACAUUAAAAAUCCUCAUACCACAGUCAUUGGCUUUGAGAACAAUGAUAAAAUAGCUUGGGUUAAAAAAAUCAUGCAGACUGAAAAUCGGGAUGUUACAACCGCAUUAGAUGUUCUAGCAUCAAACAACUCAGGAGCAACAUUCUUGGCAACUGUCUGUUUAACUCUGAGCUCUCUCAUCGGAGCAUGGAUGGCAAAUAGUUCAACUUUAUUUAGGAGUGAAUUAAUAUAUGGUGAUACAAGGCCAGUAACCAUCUCCAUUAAGUACAUAAGCCUUAUUAUAUUUUUCUUGGUGGCAUUUUCUUGCUUUGUUCAAUCAUCAAGAUGUUUCAUCCAUGCAAAUUACCUAAUUAGUAUACCAAAUAGUGAAGUUCCUGCAAGCUAUGUGGAAUUGGCUGUGAUAAGGGGAGGUGACUUUUGGUCUAUUGGGCUUAGAGCUCUUUAUUUUGCCAUCACUUUGUUGCUGUGGUUUUUUGGUCCAAUUCCAAUGUUUGUUACUUCAAUUGGGAUGGUUUUUCUUCUUUAUUAUCUUGACACCAAUAAGAGUCCAUUGCUGCAACAUUAUCAUUCUUCCACCAACCAACCGCCGCUCAAAAGCUUAGAGGAAAUGCUAUAAUUUCUUGUUAGUUAUACGAGAUUUGGUCAUUAGUUAAAAUUUAAAUUUUGUAAGUUUGAGAUGUAAUAUCAGCAACAUUGGAAAAAGAUGAUUUCUUUCUUUUUUUUUAAUUGUUAGAGCCAAUCUGCACACAACUGGCCCAACAGCUGACCUGGCCCAAUUUCUCUUUGUAAUGAACAUUAAUACAUUGAUGUAUUUUUCUA